GACGUCACAAAUCCUGCGCCUCCCGCUCCUCUUCGGGCCAGCGUUCGAACGGAAGGUCGUCCCUGUGACCGACUAGGUGGUUGGAGCAGCUGUCGCCAUGUUGUCGGUCGCUGCCCGCUCGGGCCCGUUCGCGCCCGUCCUAUCGGCCACGUCCCGCGGGGUGGCGGGCGCGCUGCGGCCUCUGCUGCAAGGCGCGGUGCCCGCCACCUCGGAACCACCUGUUGUGGACGCGAAGCGACCCUUCCUGUGCCGUGAGUCGCUGAGUGGCCAGGCCGCGAUCCGGCCUUUGGUGGCCACGGUGGGCCUGAAUGUUCCUGCUUCUGUUCGUUAUUCCCAUACAGAUGUCAAGGUGCCCGACUUCUCUGACUAUCGUCGUGCUGAAGUUCUCGAUAGCACAAAAUCUUCUAAAGAGAGCAGUGACGCUAGAAAAGGCUUCUCUUACUUGGUAACUGCGACUACCACUGUGGGUGUUGCAUACGCAGCCAAAAAUGUGGUCUCCCAGUUCGUGUCCAGCAUGAGUGCCUCUGCCGAUGUGCUGGCCAUGUCGAAGAUCGAGAUCAAGCUGUCUGAUAUCCCAGAAGGAAAGAACAUGGCUUUUAAGUGGAGAGGCAAACCUCUGUUUGUGCGCCAUAGAACCAAGAAGGAGAUUGACCAGGAAGCUGCAGUUGAAGUGUCCCAGUUAAGGGACCCACAGCACGAUUUAGAUCGCGUAAAGAAGCCUGAAUGGGUUAUUCUGAUAGGUGUCUGUACUCAUCUUGGUUGUGUACCCAUUGCAAACGCAGGAGAUUUUGGUGGCUACUAUUGCCCCUGCCAUGGGUCACACUAUGAUGCCUCUGGCAGGAUCAGGAAGGGCCCUGCACCUCUCAACCUGGAAGUUCCUACCUAUGAGUUCACCAGUGAUGAUGUCGUUGUUGUGGGUUAGACACUUGGACUCAGGGCCUAGGUUUCUUUCGGUCUUCAUGUCCCUUCAGAAGAGUUGAGAGUAAGCCUUGUGUACAUCUAGGUUGGUUGAUUUAAAAUAUUUAAGAAUUGUUAAUAAUGUAUUGGCAAACAUUAAUGUGAAGUAAUUGAAUUCACUGUUAAAUAUUAUCAAGCAUUAGCAAAAUAAAACCGCUGUUGAACAUCAUUAAAUUCAGUCACAGACUUGAAAGGUGCAAUGUCUUUGAUAGCUAAUUCUAAUAAAACAUUACAGAUUGUUGUACAAGA